AUGGCUGAAGCCCAGCCUCUGAUCAAUGCUCUUCACCCCUCAGUUAUUGACCGAAUGGAUCCUCAAUUUGCAGAGAUCUAUACGAAAUAUCAAGGUGACCCUCUAAUACGUUGCUAUUUCUCGGCACUUGCUGACUUCAUCCACCCAGCUCCCAAAAUCCGCGCCGACCAAGUCACGUAUGAAGAAUACAAUGCCGAUAGAUCUAAAUACACAUUCACUAUAGUACCAGGACCAAGACCAGAAGUUGGAAGCGUCAAAGAAUACAGGAUUCCCGUCUCAGAGCCAGCCGGCGAAAUCACCAUUCAACUCUUUGCCCCUACCGAGGAAGCCAUCGCUGCCGGCGGCUUGCGGACCGCAGAUGGAAAGCUGCCAGCACAUUUAGACUACCAUGGUGGUGGCUUUGUGAUUGGUACUUUGCAAUCAGACGAGUCUUGGUGUAGACAAGCAUGUCAGGCACUUGGAUGCAUUAUUCUGAAUGUUGAUUACAGACUGUCACCCGAGUUUCCUCAUCCCGUUCCAUUGACUGAUUCCUGGGCAGCUUUGAAAUGGGUGUUUGCUCAUGCUGUGGAGCUGAAGAUUGAUACUUCAAGAGUUUCAAUUGGAGGCCUAUCUGCUGGUGGUCAAAUUGCUGCCGUGCUUGCACUUCUCGCUAGGGACGAGCCUGACAUGCCGAAGUUGGCUCACCAGAUGCUUAUUGUCCCUGUUGUAGAUACAAGAUUCGUACCACUGGAAGGACCUUGUCAUCCCAGCGUUCCGUAUGAAAGUUACAUCAAGAAUGAAUUCGCUCCUUGCUUGCCCUUGAACCGUCUACGGUGGUUUUACAAGCUUUGGUUGGGAACUGAUAUGGAAGCACGGAAGAUAACAACAGCGGACUUCCGCGCAUCACCGAUCCUUGCUUCGUCGCACGCAAACCUUGCACCGGCUUCGGUUUAUGUUGCUGGAGUCGAUACUCUGACGUCGGAAGGUAUUGCAUAUCACGAGAAGCUCAAGAGCUCUGGCACACCUAGUACCCUGAAAGUGUAUGAGGGUUGUGGCCAUCCAUUUGGACACUGGGAUGGCGAAUUGGAAAAGGCUAAGGAGUUCAUCCAGGACACUAUAUCUGCAUUAAAACUGGCCUACAAAGUUUAG